AUGGACGACGAUCCAUACGAACAGCUGCUAGAUGAGCUAGAGGCAGAUGGAUUCCUGAAAGUAAUACAUGUGGCUCAUCAGCCCUUCAACUCAAAGAGCUGGAAAUCCGUCCCCGAGGGAUUAGCCAUCGUCUUCGUCAGUGACUCCGUUUUUGGGAGCGGCGAGAUUCCGACUUGGAUAGCUAGACUCGUCGUGAAAACCGGGAAUAUCGUCGGUUUGAUGAAGGGCGGGUUUCAUUGGUCCUCCAAAAACGUUCACUCAGAGGCUUCGCACCUUGACAGGAAAUUUAACGACCCCGAAUUGUUACAGUAUGGGCGGAAGUUUUCACGCACGUACUACCUCUCCGACAGCCAUACUCCAGUUUCCUGGACAGCGAAACUUGAAGUUGCUGCCAACGAGCAGAGCGCUCUAGCAAGAUUCAAGAUAAAUGACCUGGAACUAGACCACAUUCAAAAAGCCGAUGCCUGGAACACCAACGGUCAGCACAUCUACCACUACCAUCGGCACGGUCAGAACAACAAUUUCAAUGCCAUCUAUGACGAUUUGCCGCUUGAGGGUUGGUGGCCGUGGCCAAAGAAGAAUGAAGAGGCCGUUUGA